AUGGCAGAAGGAGUCUGCAAGACCGAAGAGGAUGAAGGACCAAGCACCGAGGAGGACUCGGAAUCUUUCCACGGUGUUGGCGUAUGUAAAUGGUUCAACGUGCGCAUGGGCUUUGGGUUUUUGUCUAUGACCAACAGAGAGGGGGUCCCGCUCGAGUCACCGGUCGAUGUGUUCGUCCAUCAGAGUAAGCUGCACAUGGAGGGCUUCCGCAGCUUGAAGGAGGGCGAGGCGGUAGAGUUCACUUUCAAGAAGUCAGCCAAAGGCCUGGAGUCCCAGAGAGUCACUGGGCCGGAGGGAACACACUGUGUGGGCAGCGAGAGGAGACCCAAAGGCAAGAGCGUCCAGAAACGCCGCUCCAAAGGAGAUAGGUGCUACAACUGCGGAGGCCUGGACCACCAUGCCAAGGAGUGCAAGUUGCCACCCCAGCCUAAGAAGUGCCAUUUCUGCCAGAGCAUUGCCCACAUGGUCGCCAACUGCCCAAUCAAAGCACAGCAGUCCUCGCCACGUUCUCAGGGAAAGCCCUCCUCCUUGAAAGGAGACGAGGAGGAACACGGCCACUCGCCCCCGUCCCCCGUGAGCUCCGAUUGAACGAGGAGACGCCGGAUGGAAGCUGGGUGAAGCACAGAAGCCAAUCAAACUGCUUUACUGGAAAGAUGGCCGCUAAGUUUCCUUUCAACUAUAUAAGAUGCUUUUGGAACUACCUCAGGUUUUUGUAAACAAAACGAUCAUGAAGAAAGAAUGUACUGAAGUUAAUAUUUUUUUGGUGUAACACUCACAAAUACAGCUGUAUUAUUAUAGCACUCAGGAAAUAUUUGUAAAAAUGUAUGGAACCGCUAAUGAGGGGUUUAAACUUGUAAUAAGUUAUGGCACAUCACAUAUUACUUUGAUGUCUUUAUAGAAUAGAAAGUUGUUUAUUUUUUACAGAGCAGAUAAUGAGAAACCAUGCCACUCACACUGGCAUGCUACUAUACUAAACUCACCAGGAAGCUUAAAAUCACAGUGUCAAGUAGAUAGCUAAACACUUUUGCUGCCUUACAACUUCUUGACUUUCCUGAUUGUUUACACCCCACUAUAUCCGACAAAGACAGAGUUGUGACACUACACCUCUGCAAAUGAAUGUUAGUCUCAUGGGUGGUAAUGGGUGGGUACAUAUGAAUCAACAGGACGGGGUAUUGGGUAAUAGCUGGAGGCAAUGUAUUGGUGGCUGCCAAUAUUGUAAGUGACCAUCCAGAUGUCCUGGGGACAAAUGAAUGUCAAACCAAAAAGUAUGGUUGUUGUUGUUGCGUAAUUUCUUUAUGUUGGGCAGGCACAAUGCUGUCUCUUAGGUGCUCAGUCUCCCUCGUGGUACAUGUCUGAUCUGCUGCUGCUACAUUACAACCAGACACUUGGACCCUGCAGAUGUAGGAUCUUAAUUUGAUCACUCUGUUGUUGCUGAGAAUUUUCCAGCACAGCAGGAAAUGCAACUUGUAGUGUAUUCAAGGCUUCUAAAGUUUGUAAUUUCCACUUGUAAAUUUCAGACUUCAUUUGCCCUAAAGAAAAAUGUAUCAACCCUUACAAAAAAUUCCCAUUAAUUAUAAUCCACAUAAUAAAUCACAUUUCCUGUUGCUGCAGGAUUAUUUUCCUGCAGUAGAAAACUGCCUUAAAUUAAGAUCUUACAUCUGUAUAAUCAACUUGAUCAUCCUCUGCUUAGACUACAUACAUCAGCAUUUGGAAUUGAGUCACUGACUCCAGUAAUCACACCAAUACCUAUGAAAUGUAUCAAACAUAAGUAAUUUACCAUGUAGAAAUCAGAUGCAAGAUUUGAAUGGAUUCUUGAGGUUGAUUCAGGAAUCUACAUAAUCAUACUUGUCUUGUUUAUACUUGACAGUCAUAGCAGCAGCAGCAUCAGGCGUUGUCUGCUGUCUUAGAAAAAAAAGUUCUGCUUAGAACCAUAAGGGUUCUUCGAGUGAA